AUGGUUACAUUUGCACAAGAACUUAUAGAGUCCAGAAGACUAGCUGAGCAAGCACUAGCUAAUGGAGAGUCAGGCCCUAGUACAAGGAGUAGAUCAAGAAACCGAGACGGAGAUCAAAAUGAAGAAAUAGAAGUUUACAACCAGAACGAAGAUGAUCCUAUCGAAGGAAUUGAGGAAGAUAACGGGGACGACCCAAAGAACGACUUCAACGACGAAGAACUAGAGUAUGUGGAGGAAGAAGAAGAACGGAAGUUAAACAAGACCGACAACAUACCAAUUCCUCCAUACGGGAGAUUAAGGCAACCGAGGGAUUCCCCCGACGAAAUCGAACGACCAAAGGGUUUGGCCAUGAUAAACGUGGAGAGGGAUCUAAGACAAGGUACAGACCAUGACCAAAGUUUCAUCCUGCAUAUAUAUAUACUUUCAUCCUUCUUAAGAUCCUUUCCCCCUUUCCAAAGACAUAACUCCAAAGACAUAACCUACCCCUCUCCCAAUUCCACGUCCUAUCCUCUUUACAACUCCACAUCAUUCCGGACACCAUAUCAACUCCUUUGA